AUGGCAUCCUCUACACCAACCACCACUAAGCAAUGGAUCCUCGUCAACAAGCCUACCGGGGCCCCUGUCCUUGAUGGACCUGACGCAACCUUCAAGCUGCAGACGGUUGAUCUGCCGCAGCUGAAGGAAGGCCAGAUCCUCUGCAAGGUGCAAUACUUCUCCAACGACACCGGCCUUCGGAACUUCAUCCAGAGCACUGUCGCCCCUGAGCGCUUCUACGUCCCCACUGUUCCCCUGGGUUCACCCAUGCGCUCAGGUAUCAUCGCUGAGGUUGUGGAGUCUGCUUCGCCCACCUACAAGGCUGGAGACCUGGUCAUGGACUUUCACCUUGGCACAUGGAGCGAGUAUGUCGUUCUCGAGGCAGCCAACAGCCAGGCCUUGUCCCCCUUGCCAGGAGGUCUUGCUCUCACCCACUACCUCGGUGCCUUUGGAGCGUCUGGCAUAGCCGCGUACACUGGAUUGUACGAGGCAGGGCAGGCAAAGCCCGAGCAUACCAUUGUCAUCUCCGCUGCUGCGGGCGCGACAGGAUCUAUGGCCAUUCAGAUUGCUGUUAAGCUUCUCGGUGCCAAGCAUGUCGUGGGAAUUGCUGGUUCGGACGAGAAGUGCGCAUGGGUGCGAGACCAACUUGGAGCCCAUGCCUGCAUCAACUACAAAAGCCCAACCUUCCUCGAGGAAUUGAAGGCUGCUACACCGGACGACGUUGACGUGUACUUCGACAACGUUGGAGGAAACAUCCUGGACGCCAUGUUGACUCGCAUGAAAAAGAACGGCACGAUUGCCGUCUGCGGUGCCGUCAGCGGGUAUAACUCUGAUGAGCCUAUGGCGCUGAAGAAUUGGUUUGAGUUGAUAUCCAUGAGAAUUAACAUCAGAGGUUUCAUCAUGCUGGAUUAUAUGGACAAGGUGCCUACGAUCCUUGGGGAGCUUAUUGGUGCUGCGGCCGAUGGGAGAAUCAAGUUGCAGAACUCCGAGACAGUGGUGGAGGCACCAAUCGAGGAGCAACCUGAAGUCUGGAUGCGUUUGUUCAGCGGAGGCAACCAGGGCAAGCUCCUUACCAAGUUGAUUAUUUAG